AGGCGCUUGAUGAGAGUUGGCUCAACGUGAUGCUGUCAUUGAUUGGCGGCUCAACCUAUAUCGACGAGGCUACAGGAGAGGAUAUCCUGUUUGCGGCAGCGUAUGUUCUAUGCGGAAGUAUAACUGUAAAGUAGCUCUUUGGGUUGGCACCGCUGAUGAGAAUAUCUUGAUGAUGGUGGGGAGAAGAUUUAAGGAAUCUUUAAAGCCGCUCAUUGAUUACAUGACGGAUGUGAGUAAUUGUACUACUUCAUCUGAAGAGGACACUACUUCUCGCCCCAACCGUGCUGCAAAGGCGGUCAUUCGCCCCAAGGCUAUCCAAUUCGAGUUCUUCUCUGACGAUAAUCAUAGUGGUCAGAGGAAAAUAGAGAUUCCAUUGAUUGCUGAUGAUAACGAGUGAUAGCCGCCGAUGAGUCGUCGGUUGGACGUGCUCCUAUUGAUAUUAAUCCAAUUACCAUGGAUCUCCUAUUAUCAUUGUAUAUGUAUCUCAGCCGUAGACUAUAGUCUGUCGUAGUAGUAGUAGUAGCAUAUACAAACUGUCAGCUUGGUUGAACGCGCUUAUUCUUGGGAUUUUACCUCGUGAAGACUUAAAGUGGAAGGAAUGUUCGUGCUUUGUCCAGUCGUUCAGAGGUUGGUGAUUGCUAACUUGAUGCACUUGUGGCACUUGUGGAUUUAUUCUUCGGAGUGCACGUAUUUGAGGGUGAUAUAUAAUGUUACUCGAUUGCGUAUCCUCUCUAUUUAUUGCUCUGGUGCACUAAUCAUAUCUUUGCUUGAUCAACACAACAUACAAAACAGGUUCGGUUGGCUACAACUGUUAUUGCUCGC